GUCAGAAACAGAAAAUGGCGAAUUCAGUAUGCUUCUUAGCUCCUCCUCCUCCUACUUGUUGCCUUCAAUCUCCCAUAAAGAUCCCUAAAUCUACUCACUUCUUCUUCUCCCCAGUAAGUGAUCAGAACUCGUUGUUGCCUCAGAAGAAACAAGUGUUUCAUACUUGUAAAUCCAAAAGCUUCCAGAUUCAGGCCACGGACGGUACUCAGACAACUAAAUCGAACAGCAUACUUUGUCCAAACUGUGAAGGCAAGGGUGCUGUGGCAUGUUCUCAAUGCAAAGGAGGAGGUGUGAAUUUGAUUGACCAUUUUAAUGGGCAGUUUAAAGCUGGUGACUCCUGUUGGCUCUGUAGUGAGAAAAAGUUGAUAUUGUGUGGGGAGUGCAAUGGAGCUGGUUUCCUUGGUGGUUUCUUGAGCACCCAGGAUCAGUAA